AUGGUCAAAGGCAAAAAACAAUGGCUGAAACCAGGUGAUUUGAGAAAUAAGAAGCUAACAGAAUAUGAGAAACAAAGAAAUAAGCGAAUCAAGGAGAAAUAUGAGAUAGUGAACAAUCUUGGAGUGAAGAAUAUUACAAAUUUGUUGGUGAGUGUGGUUCAAUCCAAAUGUGCAAAUGCAAAGGAAAAGGGAAUUAGGGUUGAGGUAGAUGAUGAUGAUGAGUAUAAACCAUCAGAGAGUGAGGAUGACAAUGAUGAUGAGUCAUUGGGUUCCUUUGACCGCGAGGCACGAAAUUUGUCAAGUUGGUCUCAUGUAGGGAAAAGGGUUGAGAUGAACCUGAACAAACAGUAUAUUGAAUCUGUUCAACCUCCUCAUAGGUCUAAUAUGUGGUGGUUGAACAGAAUUCUUUUUAGGCCUGUGAACAUCUACUUCUGGUUUUUUGCAACUGAUUUUAUUGUUUUGAAUUUUACUGUGAUGGAUAAUGCUGUUGAUGUUUUGGCUCCCAUGCUGAUUGCUGUGUUCUUUCACCUCUAUAGCAGCUUUGCUACUGUGAUUCCUUUUUGCAGCAGCUUUGAUCAGUUUGAUCUACAAGGCAAUCAGAGUGAUGUAGCAAAGACUAUAGACACACAGUUUGGUUGGCGAUUGAGCGGCUUCACCUAUAAGUUGCACAAGCAAUACAAGCAACUUAAGGAUGCAAGAGGAGAGGAGUACGUGAGAAGCCACCCACCUGCAAGUGUUACUCUUAAUCAGUGGACAUCUCUAACUGACAAGAAGUGGAAUACUAAAGAAUUCAUGGAACAAUCACUAACUAAUGUGAAUAAUAAGAUGCAGAUGAAAACAAAACAUCGAUGUGGAUCAAAAUCAAUCCCGAUAAUUACAAAUGGAAAAGUGCCCGAUUUGGCAGAAUUUUACAAGUCCAUCCACUGUAAUUCGAACAUGCAUGAAUGGAUUUCGUCGGAGAGCCAAGAGGCAUUUCCGGUCAAGGUGCUUAAGCCAAGGUCAGGUUAUGUGAAAGGACUAGGCAUGAGGCCUUCUUCUUCUAUGAAGACUACUGUUGCACCUGCUGAAAAUAGUGACUAUGUUCAACGCCUUGAGAUGCAAAUAGCACAGCAAAAUGAACAAAUUGCCAGGCUUCAAAAGUCAGAGAAGAAACAAAGCAAGAAGAUACAAAGUAUCAUAGAGUGUUUGAGACAAAAAGCUGAUGACUUGAGCUUUCUAUCCUCUUUGACUAAUGCCACAAAUUUGGAUCUGCUGGAGCUGAAUCAGAACAAUUUUGGAGGGGUGUUGCCGGAAUCCAUUAGUAAUCUCUCUACUAAGCUUACAGACUUAUCUCUAACUUACAAUCAAUUGUCUGGAGAUGUACCGGCAGGGAUUUGCAAUCUUAUCAACUUGGAAAACCUCUUUUUGGCAGGCAACCAGUUCACAGGUAAUAUUCCACCUAAUAUUGGUCAGCUUCAAAAGCUACAAGAGUUUGCGUUACUUGAAAACCAAUUCUCAGGGAAUAUUCCCAACUCAUUUGGAAAUUUAACUUUGUUAUCCAAAUUCAGUUUAGCAGAAAACAAACUUCAUGGAAGCAUCCCUGCAAGUUUGGGGAAAUGUAAAAAUUUGGUGUUAUUGGAUCUUAGUGCCAACAACCUUAGUGGUACAAUACCAAAAGAAGUGUUUGAUAUUUCAUCACUGUCAAUACUUCUAAACCUAUCUCAAAACCAUCUAACUGGUUCACUUCCCUUAAAUAUUGGAAAUCUGAUUAAUCUCGGUUCCUUGGACCUUUCUGAAAACAAGUUAUUAGGUGAAAUUCCGGCCACUCUCGGUAGUUGUGUAAAAUUGGAAAUCCUAUACUUGCAAGCCAACUUGUUUCAGGGGACCACUCCUUCGUCUUUGAGAUUUUUGAGAGGGAUUCAAGUUUUAGAUCUUUCUCGCAACAAUUUGUCAGGGAAAAUCUCAGAUUAUUUAGAAGGUUUUGUAUUCUUGCAGGAACUAAACCUGUCUUUUAAUGAUUUUGACGGUGAGGUGCCAGUUAAAGGCAUCUUCAAGAAUGCAAGUGCUGUUUCAAUCAUAGGAAACAAUAAACUUUGUGGGGGUGUACCUGAAUUACAAUUACCCAUAUGUAACUUCAAAGGUUCCAAAAAAAGGUCCAUUUUUAGUUUAAAAUACGUUAUCUCUUUAUUAUGCGGGCUUUUGGGAGCAAUUUUGAUGACAUGUUUGGUGUAUAUUUUUUGGUUCAAGAAGAAGAUUAAGGAGCCUUGUUCAGUUUCACUGAAACAUUUACUCAUGAAUGUGUCAUACCAAGGUCUCCUUAAAGCUACUGAUGGGUUCUCUUCAGCCAAUUUGGUUGGUAUUGGUAGUUUUGGGUCAGUGUAUAAAGGAAUUCUUGAUGAUGGAACGGUUGUUGCGGCAAAGGUACUUAACCUUUUACAUCGAGGAGCUUCCAAGAGCUUCAUUGCGGAGUGUGAGACCUUGAGGAAUAUUAGGCAUCGAAAUCUUGUCAAUGUACUAACUGCAUGUUCAGGUAUUGAUUAUCAGGGCAAUGAUUUCAAAGCAUUGGUUUAUGAGUUCAUGGUCAAUGGGAGCUUAGAUGGGUGGCUGCAUCCAAAUAUUGGAGAACAUAUGGUUGAUGAUAUGCCCUUGAGUUUGAAUCUUCUUCAAAGGUUAAAUAUUGCCAUUGAUGUUGGUUCUGCUUUGGAUUAUCUUCACCAUCAUUGCCAAACACCAAUAGUUCAUUGUGAUUUGAAGCCUAGCAAUGUUCUUCUAAAUAGUGAAAUGACUGCACAUGUAAGUGACUUCGGGUUAGCAAAAUUCCUUCUUGAAGUCAACCAUUCCAAUUCUGCAAACCAAUCAAGUUCUAUUGGAAUACGAGGAUCUGUCGGUUAUGCUGCACCGGAGUAUGGAAUGGGAAGUGAGGUAUCAACAUAUGGCGAUGUGUACAGCUAUGGCAUCCUCUUGUUCGAGAUGUUCACAGGAAAAAGACCCACUGAUGAGAUGUUUAAUGACAGUUUGACCCUUCAUAACUUUGUCAAAAUUGCUUUGUCUGAUGGAGUAGAGAGGAUUGCAGAUCCAAUUCUUCUUAAACAAGGAGAGGGGGAAACAAGCAAAACCGCCACGGGCACUGGUAAGAAUUGGAGUAUUGUUAAAAUUUUGGAGACAUUGGCUUCGAUUUUUCGAAUUGGAAUUGCUUGUUCUGCAGAAUUGCUGAGAGAACGACCCAACAUGAGUGAUGUGGUAGCUGAGUUGCUUGUGAUCAGGGAUGCUCUUGUUGGAACUGGUAAAAGACAUGGAAGAAAUAGAGGGACUGUUGCAAGGCUUGUUUAAAUAUGUAUUGCAAUGAUCUUAAAUAAGGUUGCCUUAUAGUCUAUUUAUGUGUUCCAAUAAAAUUGAUUUUGAGUACAAACAAGCCCUGUAUGUUUCAUUUAUGUGUGGAAUGAAAAUUGAUUGCGGUGAUUAGGGGUU